CUCGCACAGGUGCGGAGCCCCGGGCGGCGGGCGCGGGUGAGAGGGAUCCCUGACGCCUCUGUCCCUGUUUCUUUGUCGCUCCUAGCCUGUCUGUCUUCAUAUUGGCGCCCCCGCCUCCCCGCGGUGCGGGGUUGCACACCGAUCCUGGGUUUGGUUCGAUUUGCCGCCGAGGCGCCUCCUCCAGACCUAGAGGGGCACUGGCCUGGAGCAGCGGGUCGUCGGUGUCUUCUCUCCUCUGCGCCGCGCCCGGGGGUCCGAGGGGUGCGGGGCUCUGAGGUGACGCGCGGGGCCUCCCGCACCCUGGCCUUGCCCGCAUUCUCCCUCUCUCCCAGGUCUAAGCAGCCUCUCAGUCACCAUGUCCGCAGCCUGGAUCCCGGCUCUCAGCCUUGGUGUGUGUCUGCUGCUGCUGCCGGGGCCCGCGGGCAGCGAGGGAGCCGCUCCCAUUGCUAUCACGUGUUUUACCAGAGGCUUGGACAUCAGGAAAGAGAAAGCUGAUGUCCUCUGCCCAGGGGGCUGCCCUCUUGAGGAAUUCUCUGUGUAUGGGAACAUAGUAUAUGCUUCUGUAUCGAGCAUAUGUGGGGCUGCUGUCCACAGGGGAGUAAUCAGCAACUCAGGGGGACCUGUACGAGUCUACAGCCUACCUGGCCGAGAAAACUAUUCCUCAGUAGAUGCCAAUGGCAUCCAGUCUCAAAUGCUUUCUAGAUGGUCUGCUUCUUUCACAGUAACUAAAGGCAAAAGUAGUACACAGGAGGCCACAGGACAAGCUGUGUCCACAGCACAUCCACCAACAGGUAAACGACUAAAGAAAACACCUGAGAAGAAAACUGGCAAUAAAGAUUGUAAAGCAGACAUUGCAUUUCUGAUUGAUGGAAGCUUUAACAUUGGGCAGCGCCGAUUUAAUUUACAGAAGAAUUUUGUUGGAAAAGUGGCUCUAAUGUUGGGAAUUGGAACAGAAGGACCACAUGUGGGUCUUGUUCAAGCCAGUGAACAUCCCAAAAUAGAAUUUUACUUGAAAAACUUUACAUCAGCCAAAGAUGUUUUGUUUGCCAUAAAGGAAGUAGGUUUCAGAGGGGGUAAUUCCAAUACAGGAAAAGCCUUGAAGCAUACUGCUCAGAAAUUCUUCACAGUAGAUGCUGGAGUAAGAAAAGGGAUCCCCAAAGUGGUGGUGGUAUUUAUUGAUGGUUGGCCUUCUGAUGACAUCGAGGAAGCAGGCAUUGUGGCCAGAGAGUUUGGUGUCAAUGUAUUUAUAGUUUCUGUGGCCAAGCCUAUUCCUGAAGAACUGGGAAUGGUUCAGGAUGUUACAUUUGUUGACAAGGCUGUCUGUCGGAAUAAUGGCUUCUUCUCUUACCACAUGCCCAACUGGUUUGGCACCACAAAAUACGUAAAGCCUCUGGUACAGAAGCUGUGCACUCAUGAACAAAUGAUGUGCAGCAAGACCUGUUAUAACUCAGUGAACAUUGCCUUUCUAAUUGAUGGCUCCAGCAGUGUUGGAGAUAGCAAUUUCCGCCUCAUGCUUGAAUUUGUUUCCAACAUAGCCAAGACCUUUGAAAUCUCGGACAUUGGUGCCAAGAUAGCUGCUGUACAGUUUACUUAUGAUCAGCGCACGGAGUUCAGUUUCACUGACUAUAGCACCAAAGAGGAUGUCCUAGCUGUUAUCAGAAACAUCCGCUAUAUGAGUGGUGGAACAGCUACUGGUGAUGCCAUUUCCUUUACUGUUAGAAAUGUGUUUGGCCCUAUAAGGGAGAGCCCCAAUAAGAACUUCCUAGUAAUUGUCACAGAUGGGCAGUCCUAUGAUGAUGUCCAAGGCCCUGCAGCUGCUGCACAUGACGCAGGAAUCACUAUCUUCUCUGUUGGUGUGGCUUGGGCACCUCUGGAUGACCUGAAAGAUAUGGCUUCUAAACCGAAGGAGUCUCAUGCUUUCUUCACAAGAGAGUUCACAGGAUUAGAACCGAUUGUUUCUGAUGUCAUCAGAGGCAUUUGUAGAGAUUUCUUAGAAUCCCAGCAAUAAUGGUAACAUUUGACAACUGAAAGAAAAAGUACAAGGGGAUCCAGUGUAUAAAUUGUAUUCUCAUAAUACUGAAAUGCUUUAGCAUACUAGAAUCAGAUACAAAACUAUUAUAUUAAAUAUGUCAACAGCCAUUUAGGCAAAUAAGCACUCCUUUAAAGCCACUGCCUUUUGGUUACAAUUUACAGUGUACUUUGUUAAAAACACUGCUGAGGCUUCAUAAUCAUGGCCCUUAGAAACUCAGGAAAGAGGAGAUAAUGUGGAUUAAAACCUUGAGUUCUAACCAUGCCUACUAAAUGUACAGAUAUGCACAUUCCAUAGCUCAAUAAAAGAAUCUGACACUUAGACCAAAAGCAACAUUCCUUCUCUAACCAUUCCGUAUUGAUUAUAUAAGCAAAAUGAAAAGAGAAACUUAAAUGGAACACAGCUCUUUAGCAUGGUUCAGGUAUACAUAUUUUGACCCAAGUGGAUAUUUUCUUAAAAUCAAUCAACAAUAGCUAGCUAUUACUGCAGACUAUAAAAUCUGGGUAUAGAAAGGAGUCCUGUAUCAAACUGCUUUUGUAGUGUGUUUUCAUAACAACUUAUGACUAAAAAUAUCACACUGAAUAAGAGAGCAGGAUUGCCAGGUAUUUUUCUAUUUCUCUCCUUAAUUUUAUAUGUAUAUAGAUAUAUUUGGCUUAUAUUCUAAGUCACCCAAGUACUUAAAAGUUGGUAAAGUAUUUACUGACUGCUUAUAAACAUUUAAAGACAUUUCAAGUAACUGCAGGAAAA